AUGGAUUUGCAGUCUGUGCAAGAUCUCAAAGGCGUUCUCCGGUCUGAUUUUUAUCACGGCUAUGCUACCGCGGCAGCGCAGAUUGAAGGUGCUUGGAACAAAGAUGGCAAGGGCAUUUCGAUCUGGGAUACCUUCGGCCAUACCCCCGGCAAAGUCUCCGACGGAAGUACGGCGGACGACGCGGUGCGAUCGUACGAGUUUUAUCGCGAAGAUGUAGCGCUGAUGAAGACCUACGGAGUGAAUGCAUACCGUUUCUCGAUCGCCUGGUCCCGCAUUAUUCCGUUAGGUGGCUGUGAUGAUCCCGUCAACGAGCAAGGCAUUCAAUACUAUUCGAGCUUGAUUGACGAGCUUAUCCGGAAUGGCAUCACCCCGUUUGCCACGCUUUUUCACUGGGACAUCCCCCAGGCCUUGGAGGAUCGGUAUGGCGGUAUGCUGAACCAGAACGCGUAUACGCCGGAUUUCGUGCGCUACGCGCGGGUCUGUUUCGAGCGAUUCGGCGAUCGCGUUAAGCACUGGAUCACUUACAAUGAGCCUGGGGUCUACACUCUGGCCGGCUAUGCGGCUGGUGUGCAUGCCCCCGCUCGAUCGUCUUUCCGAGAGCGCAAUGCAGAAGGCGACUCGUCCACCGAGCCUUUCAUUGUCGCUCACACCGAGCUGGUGUCCCAUGGAUAUGUCUCUCGAAUGUACCGCGAGGAAUUCCAGCCACAUCAGAAAGGUAGCAUCGGGAUUACCCUACAUGGUAACUGGUCUGAGCCGUGGGACGAGGAAGAUCCCCUUGACCAAGCCGCAGCAGAGCGGGCACGCGAGUUCGAGAUUUCCUGGUUUGCCGAUCCCGUAUACAAAACAGGGGAUUAUCCGGCAUCCAUGCGUGCGCAACUUGGCGACCGAUUGCCUCGAUUCACAGCUGAGGAAUCCAAACUGGUCCUCGGAAGUUCCGAGUUCUAUGGCAUGAACAGCUAUACGACCUUUUUCGUGAAGCAUAAGACGACCCCACCGGAUAUCAACGAUCACAAGGGCAAUGUGGAGAUCCACGAUGAGAAUCGCCACGGCAUUCCACGAGGCGAGGAAAGUGAUACUCCGUGGCUUCGCGCUGCCCCGGAGGGGUUCCGGAAGCUGCUGAACUGGAUCUACAAGCGGUAUCAAAUGCCGAUCUAUGUCACGGAAAAUGGUACUACCGCCAAGGGAGAAGUGGCCCCAACCCCGGAUGUCCUCGACGAUCAAUUCCGCAUCAAGUUCUUUGAGGGAUAUGUGGGAAGCGCUCUCGCGCGAGCCGUCAAGGAAGAUGGGGUCGACAUCCGAUCUUAUUUCGCGUGGACAUUCACCGACAAUUGGGAAUGGGCCGCUGGAUAUUCCGAUCGAUUCGGGUGCACAUUUAUUGACUUUGAAUCGGAAGAAAAGAAGCGCUACCCCAAGCAGUCCGCUUAUUAUCUGGACAAGUUGUUCACACAUUUGAUCAGGGAGGCCUAG